AUGCGUGGCAUCAGGUUGCAGCCGGCCCUUAUUCAGCAGCCUUCGGUGCUGACGGUGGAUGGCCCGUCGCGACGCCGGGACGUGGCUGCCUAUAGGCAGCCUGGCAACAUAGCCCUGAUGAUAUUAAUGGCUGCUGGCGACGCCGGGGUCAGUGAGGGAGAGCGCAUCGGCGAAUAUGAAGUCAAGGCGGUGCUUGGGAGAGGACCACUGGGUUAGCGUAUGAAGCACGUGUCAGAGGGGUAACACUGUCGCCUGUCGUAUUCGUCGGUGUGCUCAGACAUCACUUACAAGGCCAAGGUAUCAGCCGACCACCCAACCAUACCUGGGCAAACGUAGGAUGGGCACGUCACCGCAGCAUGACAGAUGUGGCCGCAAUUCUUCUCUCCCUAUCUCUUCCUCUUUAGUGUGGCUGUCAAGUGCGUGUCGCUGCCCAACAUGCCAAGCUGGGAGGCCGUGGGUCUGAUAGAGAGGGAGGCGGGGGUUCUGCUGAACCUUAGUCAACCCGGCAUCCCGGCAUACGUCGCCUCUUUCCAGCAAGAUAACACCACAUUCUGCCUGGCACAGAAACUGGCGAAAGGACAGACAUUGGAGGUCGUUUCCUAAACACACUCGACGGCAGACCGAAUUGGACGAUAAUCCGGUUUUCUGUAUGUGUGUGUGUUGACUGAUACAGGAGCUGAUGGCAAAUGGAACACGUUUGGACGACUCGACCAUCUACACGAUUGCCGUCCGUUUGCUGGAGGUGCUGCGGUACAUCCACACCCAAGAGCCCCCGAUCAUCCACAGAGACAUCAAGCCAGCCAACAUAGUGGUCGACCAGCUGGCAGGUGAUGGCUUGAAUGUUUCGCUGGUGGACUUCGGGGGCGUCACGUCGGCCGUGGCGUCACAGUAGUUCGGCAACACUUUCGUCAGCACCCCCGGAUACACGGCCCCUGAACAGGUAGGCAUGUUGACACGACAGGCAGGACAGAGAGAGCGGUCGGUUCUCAUGGAAUCAUUUGUGCGUGUAUGCAGUUCAGUGGGGUAUCGUCAGUACAGACGGACCUUUACUCAGUCGGCGCCACGCUGCUGCUCCUCAUCACAGGCGGCCGAGAGCCAUCAGCCUUCCCUACGCGAAGAUUGCGGGUGGACUUUGCGUCAUCCCUACCGGAUCAGUGGACGCCGUUCAUGAGUUCGCUAGUGGCAGUCACCAAGCGUCUGAUACAACCGGCGCCAGAGGACCGAUACGCAUCGGCAGAGGAGGCUUUGAAUGACCUGCAGACCCGUUUGAAUGAGGCGAACCAGAGACUCAAGGCAGCCACGGAAGCCCAACACGAGACGCAGAAAAGGGUGGAUUCACUUCACACGAGAGUAGAGUUUCCCCUGCUGGUUGGCUGCAGGUACACACGCGUGUCUGGCUCGCGCGUGUGUGUGUGGCUUAUGCAGAUAGUGAAGAAUGUGGGCGUCUAUGCUCCUGUGACCGGCUCUCGGGUGGGUAUCUCGAUGGAUGAAGAGGGGCUCCUGAAAAUCCGCGUACCACCUUCGCUACUCGGCUUCCGAUACUACCUCCUCGACGUGAGUAUGUGUGCAUGAGCUCUCAUCCCUCCGUUCGGUUGUUUGCCCGUCGCUUUCCCUGUAUGUGUAGACCUUCUUUGGAUUAUGUGUCGGAGCCGCAGCCCUAAAACUGACCACCUACUGGGCAGUAAGUCGGCUGACUGACUGCGGUAGGUAUACAAAUGUCUCUGCCUGUGUGUGGUCCGCCAUGUCAGAGCAACUGGGAGACGCUCGACAACGGCCGUUGGGUGCUUCCUCUGCUGUUCAUUCCGGCGUGGGCGGUCGGCCUGAGGUAUCUCCGCUACCCGCUGCGUGCUGUGGCGGAGAGGACCAAUCUGCUGAUCGGCCCUUACACCACGGACAUACGCACCUACUUGUUCGGUGUGCGGCGGAGCCGCGUUGUCGGCUCGACGGCAGGUAUGUGUGAGAGAGAAAGGCAAGAAAAGGGGAUGCUUCAGUGCGCGUGAAUGAUGGAUGGUGGAUGGGUGCAGACCUGUACGAGCCGAAGAUUGAGACGCUUGAGACAGUUUGGGCUCGACCGUACGACCCCAAUCCAGAGGCUCUCAAGCUGCAGCAGGGCAUUGUGUAAGUAAGUGCACACACAGAUGAAUAGCCAGGCUGCCUGUGAUCCAUCCAUUGAUUGAUGUUAUAUGUGUAUAUGGCAGGAACCAUCUGCUGGCUCUGGGGUUGACAGACACGGAGCGGCAGCUCAUCAAAGCUCAGAUCAAUCUGUACCUCAAGGAGUUCAACAAGAGCCGGAACAACUAG